AUGCACCGCCGCGCUCUCUCGCGCGUCGCCGCCUCUUCGCGGCCGCGACUGCUCUCGCGCCACCUCUUGAGGCGGAUGAGCACUGCCGCGGCCGAGAUUGCCGAGCGAGGCGCCGCCGCCGGCCUCAAGUUCUACCAGUUCUCCUUCGUCGACCUCUUUGGUGUGCAGCGAAGCAAGCUCGUGCCAGCCUCUCGCGUCGCGGAGAUUGCAGAGGGUGGCGCGGGCUUCGCAGGCUUCGCAGCGCACCUCGACAUGGACCCGACGAUGGGCGAUCUGCUCGCCGUUCCGGACGCAGCGACGCUCACGCCGCUGCCGUGGCAGCCCGAGGUCGGCUGGCUCAGCUGCAACCUUGUGCACGAGGACACGGAGCUCGCCCACGGCCCUCGCAACGUGCUGCGCAGCGUGCAGGCCAAGCCAGCAGUAGCCAGGCUGGCCGAGCACGGCGUGGCGCUCAAGACGGGCGUAGAGUGCGAGUUCUUCCUCCUCGACGGCAGCGCGCCCGCCGCCCGCCCGGCGCUCUCCGACCCGCUCGACGUGCAGGCGAAGCCGUGGUACGAGCUCAUCUCGACGCUGGUGAGCCACAUGGAGCAACUCGGCUGGGGCCCGUACCAGGCGGACCACGAGGACGCCAACGGCCCCGACCGCGACCGAUGCGGAGGGUCCUCCGUGACCGCCGACCGCGUGGUGCUCUUCAAGUACAUGGUGCGCUCGCUGGCCGAGCGGGCCGGCCUCCGCGCGACGUUUAUGCCAAAGCCCUUCGCGUCGCUGACCGGCUCCGGCUGCCACGCACACGCUGGCGCCUUCAGCACGGUAGGCACCGCGCUUAUCCGCGUCCCCGACGAGCACCGCAUGGAGCUGCGGCUCGACACGGACAGGAGCGCGAAGCCGAACCCACCGACUCACCAGCCGACAGCCUCCCCGCCGCUGCCGAGCAACCUGGCCGGCGCGCUCGAGGCGCUCGAUGCCUCGAGCCCGCUCCGGUCGGGCCUGGGCGACGCUUUCGUGGACAGCUACCUCAAGUUGCGCCGGGCGCACUGGGCCGAGUACAUGGCGCAGCUCACGCCGUGGGAGCUGGAGACGUAUCUCGACGCCUAG